CUCUUCUUGCUCGCGAGGCUGCGGUGCUUGGCCGGGCCCGUGGCGGGCGUGCGGGCAGCAGAGGGGGAUGUUUCUGUUGCUUUCUCUUUUGUUUUUGGUAAAAGUGAGGCAGGCACUCACACCUCACGCCGUGCUGCCAGCACACUUGCUCUGCCUGGGAAAAGCCGCUCGUAGCAGAAGAGGAAGCAGCAGCCAAGGCAGAGGGGUGCUGCUGCGAGCCCGGGGGGUGCCGCUGUGCCCUGGGGGGUUCCGGGAACCCCAAAAGGAAGGGGAUCCGGAGAGGACGGAGCCCGAAAGCUGGGGAUCCCCGAGCAGCCCAUGCUGGGGUGGUUGCUGCUGGCGCUGGCGGCGCUGGCGCGGGGCGGCACCGCCGAGCCCCCCGACUUCUCCUGCUUUAAGCAAUGCGGCUCCUGCGACUUCCUCUGCUCCUGGCCGCCCCGUGGCCCCGCUGGCAACACCACCUACGUCCUGGUGCUGUGCUAUGCCACAUCACGGACGUGCUGGCGGUACAAGGCGGGUGCCGCCACGACCUACACCCUGCCGCGGCACCGCGUCUACGUCCUCACCAACACCACGGCCUGGGUGGAGGCGCGGUGGGGACCCCACCUGCACCGCAGCCCCAACCUCACCCUGUACCUCAACGAGGCCGUGAAGCUGGAUCCUCCCCCCGAUGGGAUGAAUUUCGCCAAGGCCAAGGGGCUCCUGCAGCUCCAGGUGCCGCGGCCGCCGUUGCGCGGCAGGGAGCGGGAGCUGAGCAGGGAGGCUCGCUUCCGCGGGGUGGGCAACCACAGCUGGACGCAGGUGCUGUGCGAGACAGGGAAGAGCGAGGACAGCAAGGAGGACCCAGUGACCUGCGACCUGGGGGGAAACGCUGCCUUCGAGGUCCAGCUCCGGCAGAAGACGCAGCACUGGAGCAGCUACUGGAGCGACUGGAGCAAAUCCAUCUUCGUCCCUGAGGAAAUCCUGGAGAGCCCAGAGCUGAGCUUCCAGCUGGGAAACCUGGGGAAAAACGGGCAGAGGCUGCUGCAGCUGAGCUGGCAGAGAGCUCGCGAGGAGCAGGGGAACGUCACCUACACGCUGAGCACCCACAUGCCGGCGUGCCGCUGCGCCGCGCUGCCCGAGGCCGACGAGGUGGUGCUGGGACCCGAGGUGAGGGCGCACAACCUCACCCUCUGUGGGGCCGAGUACGAAAUCCUACUGACGGCAACCAACGCCGCCGGCACCAGCCCCACGCGGCAGCUCCACGUGCCGCCCGAGCAGCACGCAGAGCUCAGCUUUAAGGACAUCAGCUCGGCCGGCGAGGCAGGUGACGGUGCGAUGGGAGGCGCCGAGCCGCGGCUUCGCCUACUGCUUCGAGCAGCAGCCGCUGCCGGGAGCGCGCCGACGGGGUGUCUGCGUCCAGCAGGAGUUCCCUGCAAAGAGCUCCCACCUGGAGAACAGGUCGCUGGAAGCGCCGGCGUGUUACCGGCUCGCCGUGCACGGCUGGAGCGCGGAGCAGGGCUGGGCCACCUUCGCCCUGCAGCAUCAUUUCGCCGGCAACACCUCGCUGGCCUCCUCCAUCCGCAUCAACGCCAGCGCCGAGGCCGCCUGUCCUCCGGUGGGAACCGUCCCCUCGUGCCACCUGCCCCGGGGCGCUGGCGAGGUACCUGGUGUGCCACGCGGCUGAAGGGGACAACGAGACGUACGGCGAAGCAGACUGCGUUGGCCUCGCGCUACACCCUCCGAAACCUGCGGCCGGGCACAGCCUACAGGGUCGGCAUCCAGGAGGUGGCAGCGGACGGCGGGGGCAGCUGCAGCACCCCGUGGCACUUCCAGACCAUGGCGCUGGGUCCCAGGCUGGCAGCGUGGAAAUCCAACCUGAGGUACCUGGGCAUCUCGCUCGGGCUCCCCGCCGUCGCCGCCGUCAUCUACCAGCUGAGCAAAAGGAGGGCCCGGCAGCUCCUCUUCCCCCCGCUGCCCAAGCCCGUGGGCAGCAGAGCCAUCCAGUUCUCGGCCAGCGAAAUGAGCCAGGACAGGCCCUGGAAAGGCUUCGCUGAGCCCUCGGAGAAGUUCAACCUCGCCGAGCUGCUGGUGACGGAGCUGAGCCCCGAGAAGGAGGUGGCCGACGGCACGCGGCCCCCCACACCGCAGCCCAGCCCCAAAAAACCCAAAGAACCGAUGGAGCUGGGGCAGCUGGGCUGCGAGAGGGAGCUGCCCUUCGACUACCGGCAGCAGGAGGUGCUGAGCCCGCUGCCGAGCCCAGAACCAGCAGAAUCCAACAGGGGUCCCACCUGCGGCACCGGGUGCUCCGGCCACCAAACGUUGGAGGAGGACGUGGGGAACUCGGGGCUUCCCUGGCUGCUGGUUCCCCUCGCCCUGCUCAUCUCCGACAAACCCGUCAUCAUCAGGGACGAGGAGGGCUCGGAGCUGCUGCAGGAGAAGUCGGUGCUGUAGAGCUGCUGCUGAGUAUACCAAAGGUGCUGCCCAUGGCGCUGUGCCUGGCACAGAAAUAAAACCCAAGGGCAGGGAGCUGUGGACCCAGCUGGGGACAUUUCCUCGGCCAUGGGAAAGCCGCUUCGGGAUGGCAUUGGAGAGCAAACGCCUCGAGCCAGCCCCUGCAGGAUGGGGGCACAUCCAGCCCCAGCCGACCACCGGCUGUUCCAGGCUGUAAAAAUUAAAGAAAAAAAAAAACAAAUGCA